AGUUAACGUGCUUACUCGGUCGACAGAUCAUCGAUAAGCGGUUUGGGAUUUUUGAAGCAAAAUCAAAGUGCCGGGGUGCGCAUGAGAAGGCGGAGGUUGCGGGAACUCAAGGAGCACCGGAUGGAGCCGCGCAUGCAUUCCGACAAGAUCUUCCACUACAACGUGCACUGGGUCGGCCGGGAAAGUAUGUCGGGAGCCCAAAGGCUGGUCGGCCAUACAUUCGCUGAACCCUUUAACACUCCGCUUCUGAGCAGGAAAGGGUUAAACUCAAUUACAAUUACGCACGAUUUUAGACGACAAUAGCCCCUUAUUCCCCGCGUUUGGCUUUCACAAGCGUACGGGAGCAGCUACUGACGCUCUUUUCCAUUUGCAGACAAUCAAACGCUUAUGCGUACCUUUAAUAAAAGUAACAGUAACAGUGUUUUCCACAAUUGAAUUGUAUAUGCGGACGAGUAAACAAAUAUCGCUACUAAACAUGUACACCUUAAAUUCAAUGAAAUAAGUGUCAAGACAAUUACUUCUUUACCAAUUUUAAUGCCACGAUUGAUUGUGUUUUAUAUUAAUAUUCAAAUGUAAUCCAAUAAACGUGUUAGGUUUUAAGCACAUCCGGUUUGCGCCGCAGGUAUCUAGCCGGAUACAUGCUAAGAGCACCGGAAGUACCUGGCGCGCCUCUGCAAGGACUCCGCGGACAACAUGAUCUCCCGGGUGACGCAAGCUAUUCGGAAUCGAAAGCUUCUGCACGUCCGACUCACCGAGGAAUUUUGCAGCACAUUCGGUUGUGCGCGGAGUUCCAUAGACGUACCGAGAUUCUGGAUCGGAUCAAAUCCUUCUUGAUGGACGAAUCGACAACGGCCCCGCUCGUGGUGCACGGAAUUAGAGGUUCGGGCAAUUCCAUCCUGGCGUUGUCGGAAAAAUUGAGCAAGAUCUGGCUGGCCAAGACGCCCAAGCUCGUGUAAAGGUUUCUCGGUACAACAGUGGAGAGUUCUUCCGUACUGUCUCUGCUACAGAGUCUGGUGCAACAACUGAGUAUGCUGGGAAAUCAAAGCCCACGAACCGGCCUGACCGUUGACCUUCUAAAAGUCCAGUUAAAUCGGCUCUAAGAGGAAGGGACGGAAGAGUGUUCAAUCGUGGUCAUCUUGGACUCGCUUGACCAGCUGGACACCUCACACAAUGGCCGCUCUUUGAUGUGGCUUCCGGCCUCCCUGCCGCCUCACUGUAAGAUUAUUGUGUCAUCACUUCCGGAGGAGAAAUACGAGAAGUUUCCGGCUCUCAAGGAGGUGGUCGGCUUUGCAUACAUUUGGUUUUACGAAGCAGACAACAGAUCAGUGGUCAUGGAAAUUGGCAAAAAGUUGUACUUGUUUGACCUUGAACAGAUUAACUUCAGCAUCGUGUUUCCGGGCAUCGUCUCGGGAGGAGUGUGUAUCGUCACCAAACGGAAGCAACUCCUCGUGACGUCACGUUUUGACAAGAAGGUAAACGAUCCGGGAACGCUCGCCGCAGUAACGGUUGAAAUGGGACCCGUAAUGGUGAUGGACCUUGUCACCCACUCUCGCAUGUAUGAGAUCUCAAACAUUUUAGGCCGGCGGUACGGAGGGAGAUACAUGCUGUUCGACUCCUACAUGUUGUUGACCCGAGUCAGCAGCCGCUUGUUCUUCAUCGGAUGUUACGUGGGCGAGCGCACAGACAAUGAAGUUCAACUUUUCUGCUUUGACACUGAACAAAAGAUAGAACCUUUUGAGCUAUGUGACAGAGAGGCCGUCAAAAUGGUCAGGGCAAACGUUUAUCGUCUCGAUGACGACCGUAUUAUGACCACGGGAAAAGGCGACAACUAUGACUUCCGAGUUUCGACACCCUGCACUGGAGCGCCGAUGGAACGUUUUUCUACACAACCAGCGAUAACUUCUGGAAACACAAGGCUCCUGACGUCAUCACGUGGACUAUUCACCAUGGAAACCAACCCACAUCGACGCCUGGGGCUAAACGCAGUCUUCCCUUAUAUUCAACCAAAGCCAACCUGCCUCGUCUUACGAUCAACGCUCCUGAAUACGUCUAAACGGGCUACCAACCGGAAGUGGGAGAUCCCGACACGGGCGAUGAGAUAUUUGAUUAUAGAGUCCCAAAGUUAUGACGAAGGCGAUGCGAGGCGGUGCGAAAACAACCAUUACAUUGAACACACUCAGUGUUAGACAUACUUAUUAUUAGCAACUACAUAAUGUUUUCCACGUUCGGAAUUUAUUUAAUGAUGUCGGAAUACCAUCGAUUCUAAACAAUUACGUGAUCGACCAUAUCAAUUAUUAUUCAAUCAAUUAGUAUACGAUAUAUUUGAAUUGGUCCUAAUUAACUGUCCGUAAGGAAAAUUUACGAAAACCGAAGACAAGAUGAAUACAUUUGCUUCAAAAUAUACAAGCGAUAAACAUUAACAGCGGCACAUCAGAAACCUCGCCAUGUGAUGGUACAGUGGAUCAGUAUCGGGUUCGAACACCAAACAUCAUGGUUUCCAUGGUUUCCACUCAGCAUUUUUCUCAAAAUACGUGUUUACAUAUUGUUGACCUUUUUAUGAAAUUAUUUUAAGUUGUAAAUAUGUUAUUAUAUAUUAAUUUUAUUUAUAAUAUAGUGUACUGUUUAUGUCAGAGCAAUACA